UUCAUUUAAAGCCUAUCUCGCUUUGUCCUUUCCAGCCAUAUUUUUUAGCGUAUUCUGUUAGAAAGAAGACAGAUCAGAAUUCUGGAGUCCACCGAACAGAUAGAUUCGCAAGAAUAACAAAGGCUCGAAAUUAGAUUCAUUUUCAUUUUUCACAAUCGUCGCGCAAUACAUAUUUUGGAGCCAGACCGACAUUACCUCAAAACUCCGGCGAAACCGCAGCUCCCGAUUCGAUGGCGAACCACAUAGCCGAGGAAAAGCCCCUUAGGAAAAUGGCGGAUGCCUUCAAAGACCUAGCCAACACUUUAAAUUCUCAAACCCUAGACGAAGCUGUUCAGCUGGAAGUUGCCACUUUCUCUCGCGCUUGCACUUUGGUCUCCCCUCUCUUCCGCUGCCUCGGUAUCGCCUUCAAGUUUGCCGAGCUCGAUUACGUUGCCAAGGUGGAUGAUCUGGCAGAGGCAUCAAAGUCUAUUACAACAUUGAAAGCGAUGAUGGAUCAAGAUGUUCAAGCAGACUGUGUGAGGAGGGCAGGUAGUCAUACAAGGAACUUGUUAAGAGUUAAACGUGGGCUGGAUAUGGUUAAAGUUUUAUUCGAGCAGAUUAUAGCCUCAGAGGGGAAUUCCUUGAAGGAUCCAGCAUCAAAAGCAUAUCAACAAGUGUUUGCUCCAUAUCAUGGAUGGGCCAUCAGGAAAGCUGUGUCUGCAGGAAUGUAUGCCCUUCCCACCCGGCAACAGCUGAUGAACAAGCUUAAUGAAGAUGAAGCCUCUGCAAGAACUCAGAUGCAAAAUUAUGUCGCCUCAUCUGGCACUGUCAUUUUGUACAUUGACAAACUCUUCAUCUCAAGAGAUUUGGGUAUCGACUGGUGACCCUGAACUGGAUGACAAAGCACCAUUUGUUUAUCGUGAUUCGCCUCAAAUCACGAUUUACGUUAAUUUAUAAUCAUGCAAAACAUUUGUCCAAAUAUUUGAUUGUAACUUGUAACUAACUUCAUUUUUUCGGGGCUAGUGCACACAUAGCUAUUCUCAGGGAUGCUAUUUAGAGAUUAACUAGUAUUUAUUUUGUCCUGAAA